UCCAACGCUGGACUGUUGUUGUUCGCCAACUCCCAGGCAAUAGUCAACAUUGGUGGCAAAGAGAGAGGGAUGUCAAAUCUAUGUCGGGUUUUUUUCAUGACAUCGUGAAAAGCCACACGGAAUGUCGGAUAUACCGAUCUUUAACACUGCAACACCAUUGGUUUGUACAUUUGUAUAUAGACGCCUGCAAGUGAAUUCAAAACCAGAAUAACUUUCUGCGAACACUGCCCUCAAAUUAUUUUCUCCAUUUUUCCAUCAGAAAAACACAUUUGUGGUCCUUAAUAUCCAUUGAACCCUAUUUAAAAAAAAACCAUUCAGGUUUCCUCGAAGAGUACGUAGAAUCGAAGAAAUCAUAAAUAUAAACCAUGCAUUAAGAAGUUGCCCAUCAGGUAAUUACAAAUUCUGAAUACCAUUUUUACCGACUUACCAUACAUACUGCAUUGUCUUCAAUACAACAUUUUAUGUAAUUGGAAUAUUUAUAUAGUGUUAGGCAUAUAGAAACCGAAAGUAUAAUUAAAGAAUACAAGUUUACAUUUACCAACAAAAUAUGCAGCAAUAAGAAUUACUACCAAAGUCAUUUAUCAUAAUUAAUUAUUUACUAACACUAUUGCAGUGAUAUCACUUGACUACUAUUGAUAAAGCUUUAUUUUCCAUGCUCUGUUUUCAGAUUUGAAUCACGAGAACUUGAGAUUCUGUAUAAACAUGGGGACCCAGGCAGGAAAGAGUGUCAAGAUAUCACGUUGGCCUGUGGCAGCUCUUGAUAUUGGAAAUACCUUUUCUUGGUUAGCUUAUUGUACAAAAGAUGGGUACAUGCAUCCAGCAGGUCCUCAGUUACAGAUACACACAUGGGCUGCAAAAACCAGAAUGACGGCAAAAGCACCAACAUGUGUACUACUGGAUUUCGACAAAAACUUCAAAAGUUUUCGAUAUGAAGCCAUCUCAGAAUUCCAAGACGAUGAAAAUGCCAUAGAAAACUGUUAUUUCUUUAGGAAUUUCAAAAUGAAGUUGUAUGAACAGAAGGAUGAACUUACAACGGAUACAAUUCUUGAGUCAGAGAAUGGGAAGACAAUGCCAGCUAUCAGAGUGUUUUCUGCUAUCAUGAAGUUCUUUAAGUACAAGUUAGUAGAAGAUCUGAAUGCUAAAGAUACUAAAGCCUAUUUUCUCGAGUCUGAUAUCCACUGGGUGCUUACAGUACCUGCCAUCUCGAACCUGAAAGCCAAACAGUUCAUGAGAGAUGCAGCACAUCUGGCCGGGAUAGAAGACAAUCAGCUGACCUUGGCCCUGGAGCCUGAGGCGGCACUCCUGUACUGUAGGAGGGUACCUAACAGUGUUGUACGACAUCCGGGUGAUGGACCCUCUAUAGCCAACUUCCAGGCAGGUGCCAAGUAUUUGAUAAUGGACUUUAGAGGUAAUUUAUAUUCUUUAUUACUGUCACAGAUUCUGAGUGUGCAAAUUUUCAGAAACUUACCUAUCGAAAAUGAAAAUUUACACAACAAAAUGAAUGCGGGACAAUUGACAGCCCACGAGGUUCUGGAGGAUGGCCAUCUGAAAGUUAUCAUUGAACACACAGGGGGCUAUUGGGGCGGUCUCAGGGUCAACGAAGAGUUCACACGAUUUCUUCAACGGUUGUUUGGUCAAGAUGUCUUAACCGAGCUGAAGGAAAACUAUCCAGCUGACUGGCAAGCUAUUGCUGAUGAUUUCGAAUUAAAGAAAUGUGCUUAUGACCCGAACGGUGUAAUGGGAAAGAUCACUAUCCGUAUCCCUUUAACACUGGUAGAGGAAUAUGAAAAUACGACAGGGUGUAGUUUGAGGGAAGCUAUCAGUCAGACACCUUUCAAGGAUCAUUUGGAAUUUAAACAGUACAAAUUGAGAAUGGACAAAGCCAUUUUCGAGAAUUUUUUUGAAGAAUCAAUAACAAAAGUUGUCAGUAAAGUGGAGAAAUUGUUGAGAGAAAAUCCCCAGUUACAUUAA